UCAAGUAGGUAUUUGGAACGGCAAACGCUCUAUAUUUUUUUUAGCUGCGGAUGUUAUAUAUCUGGAGAAUUUUCCAUCCCUUUUUUAUCUUUCUCCAGAUUUUGGUAUUCAUUCGUUAUUCGAAUUGGGAGGGAUCGGACUUGAUAGAUCUAAAAAUAUCAGACGUAUUUACGAUAGGCUACAACAAUCAACAUGGCGGACUACAAUACUUCAUCUGGUGCAAUGGUCGACCAUGAUGCCAACCAAGGACAAUUACGUCAGAGAAACGUUGUCGGUAUGGAAGAAGGACCUGAUGCUGAUGCACAACUCGCUGCUCAGUUUGGAUAUCAGCCGGUAUUCAAGAGAGAAUUUGGAUACCUCUCGACUUUCUCCUUCGCCGUCUCUAUCAGUGGAUUAUUUGCUACUAUUAUGACCACUUUCUCCUACCCAAUAAUGUCUGGUGGAUCUGCUGCGGCCGUGUGGUGUUGGGCAAUUUCUGGUGCUGGUUGCAUGUGUAUCGCUGUGAGUUCAAUGAUAGCGACAAUGUUUCGACCAUUUUACUGAUUCCAUAUUAGCUUUCUGUUGCUGAGCUGGUCUCUGCAUAUCCUACCUCCGGCGGUCUAUACUUUACAAUUUCACGACUUGCACCGCAAGGUUGGGUGCCAUCUAUCAGUUGGGUUACUGGUUGGUUGAAUCUUCUUGGACAGGUCGCUGGUGUUGCUUCAUCUCAAUACGGUGCAUCUCAAAUGCUGCUUGCAGCUGUUUCGAUCGGAAAAGAUUUCAACUACACAAUUGACGCAAAUACAACAGUUGGUGUAAUGGCAGGUCUGAUGGUUCUUACGGGCUUAGUCAAUUCUUUAUCUACCUAUUGGAUGGAAAAGAUGACAAAGAGCUACGUUAUUUUCCAUGUUCUUGUUUUGGUAUCGUGCUGCAUUGCUCUUCUGGUCAAAACCCCAAACAAACAUAAUGCCACCUAUGUUUUUACCGAUGUUGAUUCAACCUCCGGUUGGACCCCUGUAGGAUGGAGCUUCUUGUUCGGUUUCCUUUCCGUUUCCUGGACCAUGACCGAUUAUGAUGCUACGGCCCACAUUACCGAAGAGUAAGUAAUCCGACUUUUCUUGAACCAUUUGGGCUAAUCAAUCCAUCAGAAUUUCCGAGCCAGAGAAAAAGGCACCAUGGGCUAUUUCCAUGGCCAUGCUUUUCACCUACAUCGCUGGAUUUCUCUUUAACAUUGUCCUUUGUUUCUGCAUGGGUGAUCCAUCCGAGAUUCUUGGCACAAGCAUUGGUCAACCAGUCGCUCAACUUUUCUAUAACAGUCUUGGAAAAGUAGGUGGUAUUUUCUAUACCGUUUGUGGGUUCAUUAUUCUUGAAUUCGUUUGCUUUACUGCUAUGGUAUGUGAUGAAUUCUUUCCUUUCGUCUCUUGCAAAAAUGGGCUGACAAUCAAUCUAGCAAUCAUUGGCGCGAACAGUUUUCGCUUUCUCUCGUGAUAAGCUUCUGCCAUUUUCCAAAGUCUGGACGAAAAUCUUACCCAUUACUGGAACCCCCAUUGCAGCUGUUUGGAUCUCUGUUGCCCUUUGCAUCGCUAUCAACCUUAUCGGCCUUGGUUCCUACACUGCCAUUUCUGGAGUCUUCAAUGUUUGCGCCAUCGCUUUAGACUGGAGUUAUUGCAUUCCAAUUGCCUGCAAACUCAUGUUUGGCAAAUUCGAGCCAGGUCCAUGGCACAUGGGCAAAUUCAGUACUGCCGUAAAUGCAUGGGCUUGUAUCUGGACUGUGUUUGUCAGUAUCAUCUUCAUUCUCCCGACCGAACGACCAGUGACUGCCCUCAACAUGAACUACGCUAUCGCCUUCCUAGGACUAAUCCUAGGAUUCUCUACCAUUUACUGGUAUAUUUCCGGCAAGAAGUUCUACACCGGUCCUGUCAUCGAAGCCGCCGACGGAGACUCCCUCAGGAAUUCGUCAGACCGUGGCUCGAGACAGGAGAAGGUGGAGAACGGAAAUAAAUUAUAAACCUGAGGUUUGGGUUAUGAUUAUUUUUAAGAUCAUGAUUGAUAUGAUAAUUUUGCGACGUAUCUGCCAUUGCGACCUUUAUGAUAAGGGAGAAAAGGGAUUAUUAGAGCCAUUGCGACUUGACGUAUCGAUACGCGCAGGAGGAUUUUGUUUUUUUUUAUUGAGAUACCACUUCAUUUCCCAUUGCGACCAUACCUAUUGCGCCUUAUAAAAGCUAUUACGCCUUUAAUAAAUAAAAAUACAAUAUAAGAAGAAAAAAA